AUGGCCCUACUGGCUCCAACAUACAUGUUCUUCAAGUACUACUACGCAGGCUUCCCUACCGCGGCGCUGCCUGAAGACUGGGACCCCGCCCCUAUGCUGUUCUGGAAUUGGAUCAUGCAGGUCCUCUACAAUCCCAUCCUCGCGCUCGUGAAAUCAUCGAUUCUGGUCUUUUUGCUUCGCCUAGGUGGGCACAAGCGUGGUGUACGAUGGACUAUUUACGCCCUCAAUGCCAUCAACCUGGCAACAAUGGUGGCCAUUUUCUUGGUGGUGCUAUUCCAGACACUUCCGAUAAAUGCUUUCUGGGAUUCGACUAUUCCCAAGCAAAGAGAAAUUGAUGGACCGCUAUUUUACAUCGUCAGUGCCAUCAUCACCAUCAUCACCGACUUCUUUGUUCUCGCCAUUCCGUUUUGGAUCUUCCUCGGUUUGAAGAUGCGCAUGGCCGCCAAGAUUGGAUUGAUAGUGGUCUUCCUAGCAGGUGGAGUGUCAAUCAUUGUGGCUGUCCUCCGUGUCCACGAACUCCGGAAGAAGUUCUACAACAUCACCCCCGGCUACGAUCCCCGAGACGGCAUUGGCGACACAUACAGCGCAAUCGAAGUCAACCUCUCCAUCAUCGCCGCCUGCAUCCCGGCUCUGCGGCCACUCUUCCGCAAGUGGAUGCCGGGAAUGUUCUCCAACAAGAGCAGCGCCGACAAUGCAGGGUACAACAGCAGUCAAUACGGUCGUUAUGGUGCCGGCACUGGGAACGGCACGGGGACUGGUCGACUGAAUCGGAAUACUGUCGGCAACGGGUUCCCGCUAAAGGACAUGCGGAGCACACACACCGAGAUUCGAGGCCACUCACCAGACGGCAGUGAAGAGGAGAUUAUGACCUACAACGGCAUCAUCAAGACGACCAAUGUAAGAGCGAAGACAAAGAAUGAUUUUAUGGUUUGA